UGAUGUGGGAGAAUUUUCUCUGAGUAUCAUUUCUCAAGGCUACUAAAACCUAUACUUAAAUAAAACCUGUAAAACCCUGAAACCCCCCAAAAACAAGAUACCACCAUUUUUCCUGAGCUUCUGAAUUCCGCCGAAAAUGGACUUCGAUGAAUUGGAUGAUCCUUUUCAAGCCCCGUCAAAAACGUCGCGUUUUGCGCCAAAAUCCUCCAAGUUUCAGCCGAAGUCGAAGAAUCCGGCUCCGAAAUCCGAGCCGCCGGUGGUGGUUAAAAAGGAGGAUGAUUCCAUUUCUCUCUCCUCCGCGAAAAUGGAUGUUAAAGAGGAGGAGGAGAGAGAAAAUCCGGAGACGUCGAAUGUUUGUGACGAUGUUAUGGAGGUUGAUGUUGAUGAAGAUAUUGUGGUUGCUGUGUAUGAUGUUUAUUUCACUCCUUGUGAUCCUUCUACUCAGUUGUAUGUCAUACAAUAUCCGUUGAGACAGUCGUGGCGGCCUUACGGGUUGGAUCAACGAUGUACCGAGGUGAGGAUGAAACCGAAGAGUGGAGAGGUGGAAGUGGAUUUGUCGCUCGAUACAGAAUCUGAUAAUUACAAUCCUGCUGCUGCUAAUAAGAUUACGAAAGUGACUUUGUCGUCUCCGUGCAGGGUGCCUCCAGUGGCUCAAUAUGCUGUUGGGCUGUUGUCUGGUAAGAAGCUAUAUGUCAACCCCAUUCACGAUGCUGUGCAGCUACGGCCUUCAAUGGAAUUUUUGGAUUCUGGUGGGUCCAAUAAGAAACUAAAUCCAAAUACUACUAUUAAAGAAGAAGGACCCAAUAAUGAUGCUCUUGCUGGGCCAUCGAGGAAGCAGAACAAGCAAAUGGAUCCAGAAGCAGUGGAGUCAUGGAUUUCCCUGAAGUAUCACAGCUCAGCAACUGAACUCUCAGAAAGAUAUUUGAAGAAGAUGUUGACAGAACAGAAAGAUCCAAUACCGUUUUUGAUGAAUCCGUGUGAGUACCUGGACUCUUUGUGUCCUACAUCAGUAAUUAACAAAACAAAGUCAACAGGACCAACCAAAAGGGCUUUGCUUUCCCUGCCACUGGAGGAACGAAUAAAGACAUCGCUUAUCGAGGGACCUUCUAUUCAACGAUUUAGUGCCAUUAAACAUAUUGCACCCGAUGAUUCUGCUGAAGAUGUUCUUGAUGUCCUUCAAAAACAUGCUCUCUUAAUUCAAGGACUCUGGGUGCCGAAGCCUGGCAUCCGACAUCCACAGGCACAAGGAGCUGAAUGUCUAGCAAGAGAUUAUGCUCUUCUUUUGUUCAGCCAGAGUCCACUCAUCAAAGAUUCAGAAUUAGAUGUUCUGGGAUCUCAGAAAUCUACUGGAAAAACAGUACUUCGAGAAAUAGCAAUUGAGAGACCAUUUUGUAAAGAUUGGAAGUUCAAGGAGCCCACAGAUGUGUCAUUUAUGAAACUUUAUCCAGAUGUUGUUGAGCAACAAAAAAUUUUAUGGCAAGCUCAAGAGCAACGCUUAUCACAACUUUUCUCAAAGCGUAAAUCUGGACCGGGUUCAAAAGGUUCUAUGAGGCCUGGACCAUCUCCGCAUUCGAAUGAAGGUGCCAUAAGAGCUAAUGUAACACGGAGUAAGAGCACAUCGAUGUCAAAAGAAACUAAGGAAGCCCUGCCUAAGCUUUUGACAAAGCUUUUCCAAACUCACAAAGUUUGCAGCUUUCAAACAAUUUGCCAAGGCCUAAGGGACAUGGCUGUUUCUAUGUCUGCCCUCCCAAAGGCAGAUCCCAGAGCUGCUGCUGCUGCUGUGUCUGCAGCCAGGGGCGUUGAUGCCCCUCAGGAAGAGCUUCAGGCUGCUAUAUGUGAAGUCGCAGUUAAUGUCCAUGGUGUCUAUGUAUUGAAGUCGUCUUCAGAGCAUCCAGAAUAUGAUCCAUUAAGAAAUUUAGUAAUUGAACAUUUUCUUGGAAGCGGACCUAAUGGAAAGCUUAAAAAAGGUGAAUUCAUUGAAGCUGCCAAGAUUAGACUUCAAAAGGAGCCAACUAAUAGUGAAUUUCAAAAGGUCAUCGCGGAAUUUUGCAUAUCGAAAGGCGGGGCUUGGGUGCUAAAAAGUGGUGAUGGAGUCCCAAAAUGAUCUUAUUGAAGUUUACUGCUAACUGUGAAGUAUGCGAUACAGCUGUAAAUACAAACUGCUAACCUUUUUUUGUAUUUGUUCUUGAAACACGUCUAAUUAGUAAGGAAUGCAAAGAAUUUUAACUAAAUGUUAUUUUGUUUUUGAAUAAUAAAGAGGUAAAUUGGAUCGAUUUUUAGAGAA